UCAUAAAUAUAUUAAUUUUUAGGUUAAAAGAAUUACAGAAUAUCAAAAUAGGAUAAGAUAUUUAUGAUUAUAUCAUUUUAAAAUUUUCUGCGAUGGCUUUAAACAGGUUAUUCGCAGGAUUAAGUAUAGCCGUAACUCCAAGCGUACUAGGUAGACGAACCAUCCAAAUAGCUGCAAUAAACUAUGCCAGUAAACCUAAUCUCGUUAAACCAAAGCCUGGAUUUGGAAAAAGUUAUAGAAGAAUAGUACACUUUCCAGAAGAGUAUACAGUAAAGCCUUUAGAAGUUACAAACUUGGCUGGCCGGGAUCCGGUAUCAGGAAGAGUUGUAGCAAAAGGUAUUGGUGGAGGAAUAAAACACAAAUAUCACUGGAUUAAUUGGUUCAGAGAUGGUCCAACAGAAGGUCCACCUCAAGAGGAAAAAGUUAUUCAGAUCUUAGAAUGUGGCUGUAGAACUGCCCAUGUUGCCCUAGUAGCUGUUGGUGAUAAAUUAAAAUACAUACUUGCAACAGAAAAUAUGAAAGCUGGGGACAUAAUUAAAACAUCUCGUCAUCUACCCAGGAUACCAGUGAGGGCAAAUGAGGGUGAUGCAUAUGUAUUAGGAGCUCUUCCAACGGGAACACUAGUUCAUUGUAUAGAAAAAGAGCCAGGUCAAGGUGGGCUGUAUGUGCACGCAGCGGGGACUUACGGCACUAUUUUAAGAAAGCAGGAUGAUCGUGUAAUUGUCCAGAUGCCAUCAAAGAGGCCAUUCAGUUUUAGCCAAUAUUGCAUGGCUGUUGUUGGCCGGUUAUCGAACAUAGAGCAUGGUACAACACCAAUAGGUUCUCCACAACGCAACAGAUGGCUUGGCAACCGCCCAAGAUCAGGACUUUGGCGUAGGAAGGAUGGUAGACACGGAAGAAAGAUCAAACCUCCAAAGCCAGUGAAAGAAAUUACUCAUCCUACGAAAUUCCCAUUGCCAACUAUUCAAUUGAACAUGCAUCCCUAAAUAUGUAAUGAUUAAAUAAAGUAAAUGUUAGUA